AGUGGUGGAGAGGUGGAGUGGGGAGGAAGAGCAAGAGCCGAGUGAAGGCAACAUCAGGGAAGGGGCAACACCCGUAUCACCACCCAUAUUCCAGCCACACCACCAUGGCGGACCCGGAGACACAACCACAGCCUGAAGAACAACCUAAGGCACCUGCAAAAGAAAAAGAAGUCCUUGCCACCAAGGUAACCGGUACUGUGAAAUGGUUCAACGUAAAGAGUGGCUACGGCUUCAUCAACAGGCAUGACACCAAGGAGGAUGUGUUUGUCCACCAGUCUGCCAUAACAAAAAACAACCCACGGAAGUACGUGCGGUCAGUAGGCGACGGUGAAGAAGUGGAAUUUGAUGUAGUAGUCGGCGAGAAAGGCAAUGAAGCCGCCAACGUCACUGGCCCAGGUGGCGAAGCAGUCAAGGGGUCCCCCUAUGCUGCUGAUCGUCGUAGGGGCUACCGCCGCCGCUACUACCGCCGAGCAGCCCCAGGCGAGGAAGGGGAGGUGGUUGAGGAAGCAGGAGACUAUGUACCAACCAUGAGGGGCAGGGGUCGCGGUGGGUACAGGGGCCGUGGCCCCCGCCGCUUCUACCGCGGCCGCUUCUUUGGGCGUGGACGUGGCCGAGGGGCAGGAGGGCGAGGUGCAUUUUACCCUGGGUUCAAUGACUAUGAGGGAGGAGAGGUAGCUGAGGUAGUGGAUGGCAUGUCCAUGAGAGGACGCGGAAGAGGCCGUGGGCGCGUGAGGGGCAGGGGUGGACGUGGCCCCCGUGGCUACUUCCGCCGAUACUACGGAGGCGGGGCAGCCCGCCCUCAGUAUGACCAGAUGGUGACUCCAGAUGAUGCCCCGCGGCGUAGGUUCCGCAGGGCUGGGCGUGGUCGGGGCCGUGGGGGCCGCUACAAUGGCACACCAGAAACCAGGACGUCGGAAACGCAGACACAGGUAGCAGCUGAGGGACAGAAGCCUGAAGUGUCAACAGAAGACCGUAAAGAAAUGACAGUACCAGAUGGAGAGCAGCAUGAAGCUCAAACUCAAGUGGUGGGAGAAGCACCGCAGUCUGGACAGGAAGGUCAGGCACCUGCUGCACCCCAGCCUCAGCAGCCAGUGGAAAAUACUACUGCUGAAAGCUCAGCAUAAGUCAUUACCCAGUCUCUUCCCUCAAGUCAUGCCACCAAAGCUAAGAAGCCCUGUUUGAAAGGUAGUUGUAAUCUUAGAAUGGGACAGACUGGUGUUGAAGAUAGAUUACAUCUACUUUAAAAUGGGUCAGUAAUAUAAGGGUGGGUCAGGUCCCUAUUGGGUCAAGCCCCUCUCCCCCCUGCCCAAACAAGCCCAGCAGGGAUCUGACCCACUGCCAGGGACCCCCAGUGGCAAACAAACCACCGAGACGGAAGAAAGGGACUUGAGUAAUACAGAGUAGCAGCUGAUAGCCAACCUGUUGCUGCUCCCGGUUACCAGAAAGUCGGCUCUAACCACACAAUGAAAGAUAUACACGCUUGUCCUCGCUCCGGGUCCGGUAAUAAAGAGGUCACAGUGCAGAACAGAAACACCCACGGUUAAGGGUUGGAGUCACCGUAAAGAUGGCCCUUUCUUUGUCACGCAACACCACUGAUGACGCCAUGCAACCAGUACUAAGAAAUGUUUAGUCUGUGGGUGGGGAACGAAGCACCGUUAACUAACAUAAAAUUCCUGUAUGAUUACAAUGGGUGGUAAAAAUACAUAAAUAUAAGAGUAAGUAACUUACAGCAGAUUCAUCAUGAAGAAUUCUCUUAAUUGUUCCAUGUCCAUGGUGCUGAGGUGUGUUUGUUGCUGGCGGGGUUCCACCAAAAAAAGUGUAAAAUCACAAGAAUUAAACCUCGUGCACAUGUUUAAUCAUGAAAUCAGCCCUUGAGUAGGCCCUACAGCCAGCCUGGGAUGCUACAGUGCUGCCAGUCAACCAGAUAACCCCUGUUGUUAAAUUGCAUUCUAUGGUUUUAUUGGAAUUUUGUCUUGCUGGCAGGUGUGAAUGUAGGAAUUCCUGUAUUGUCCAUGUCCUGAGGUAAAUGUUUUGGGGUGCAUCAAAUGGAUUUCCACAAAUGUCUUUAAAAAGUUGACUACCAGCUUGUCAUAGCAUGGUAUGGGCAAUAGCAGAUGGAAAUUGUUUUUCUUGUUUUACUCAUUGAACUUUUUAAGUCAUUGGCAGUUAUUUUUGGAAGACCCUAUUUUGACACUUUUUCUACAUAAAUUUUGUAGGAAAUUAUUGUGCCACAAAACAUGUGCAUUUGCAAUAAACCAAUAAAAUCCAUAAAAAUUUGAA